CAUUAACUCUCAUUGGUUGUGGUGAUACUAGACAGGACAUUCCUUCAGCCAAACUUUUGACACUCGCGCAUGACAGAUGAAACGGGUUUCAAUAUAAAAGGUUAAAAUGAAAUAGAAAAUAUCAGUUCUCUCCUGGAUGAGUGCAGCCGUUGAAGAUGGGUGGUUUCAACACACACUUUGUGGUAGACAGCAACUCGCAGACUGCUGUGGGCGGGUUCAGUCACCCCAACAAACCAAACUGGAUCACAGCCCAUGCUAUCGCAACUGAAUUGAGUAUAGCAGAGGUGGAGAGACUGUGGAAGAGGUUUCAGCAGCUGGGAUGUACUGUCGAUGGGAUACUGACAGAGGACAAGCUGAGGGCACCACAGCUACAGUCAGAUGCCUUCAUCAGGAAUAUCCUGAAACAGUUCAAAGCUGGGGAUGGAACAAUUUCAUUCGAGACUUUUCUCCGAGCGCUGAAGUGGGCAGAGAUGCAGGAUAAUCGCACCAAGGCCAGAGCAAUCUACAGCCUGCUCAACAAUGGCAAGCCUCUCAACAAGGAUAUUUUGUCUCGCAUCAUGAGACGAGUUUAUCCCGAAGAUAGCUCAGAUGAUAUACAGAGAGUGAGCAGCAUGUUUUUCAAACAAAUGGAUCCACAAGGAAGAGGGAUGAUCAACGAGGACCAGUUUGUGGAGGGGGUGAUGAAGCUGCCCCCGUCGAUGCUGGAAACCGUCCUCGCCUUCAACAUCCUGCCCCAGGACAUGAGGGAGAGGGUCCACAGAAAUCUGCCAGAGUUCAGCAGUCGCGAUGUAAGUCGGCAAGCUGGCUUCACCCCUGGCAACCCGCCCCCAACAUAUCGACCAACCACCAUCAGUCCUCAAGGUCGUAUGACAGUGAGGCAGGUGCCGUCCGAUGCCAUCUUAAGGGAAAUUGCGGAGAAGAUUCACAGGCGAGACUGGGACUUGCUGGCCAAUAGACUCGGUUUCCUCACGGAGGACAUCGACGGCUUCAGAGAAGUGUAUGCAGACAACUCUCAGUUGCAGGUGUUCACGAUGUUGAAGGACUGGAAGAUGAGGGAGGGUAUGAAUGCUCGGGCGGACCUACUGGAGACCGCUCUGAGAGAGGCCAACAUGGUCGACGCCUCUCUCAUCCUGUCUCCCUGAUGUCUCAUCCCGACAGAUGCAUGUUUGGGACAUUUUAAUUUCUUACUCAUACAUGUACUUUUAGGUGCUGUCACAUUGGCUGAAAGGCAAUCAGGGAGAUCAAUAUACUUUGAAAUUUUAGUUGCUGUUCUAUCAUGCCUGAAAGUUUGGCUUCCCUGCACGGCAGCUUCGUCCACCAUCCGCAGUCCAUCACAUCGGCGGAUCCAGAGGGGGUCCAGGAGUUCUGAACCCCCCCACCCCUGUUUGAAAACCAUUGUAGUAUGUUGUAGGUAGUAAAAUUGACUGAGAGAGAUUUUUUAUAUUUUGGACCCCACCCUUUAAUCAACUCUGGAUCCACCCUUGCAUCAACUGCUGUGUGUCGAAUGGUCCAUGAACAAUCCUGUGUACAGCUGGGCAGAUGAAUCUGAAGUUUAGCAUGCUUCUUCUUACCAGUGGUGACACCAACCUAUGUUUCAGAUCAUUGACAGAAUGUUUCAGAUGAAGUUAUUUAUAUUUUUAAUUUAAGAAAUGUUUAGAAUCUAUGCAUGUUAUUAAAUAUUGCGUCUAUAUGAAGCUGAAACUUGGAUUGCCUCUGCCUACUUAUGUCGAUUGCUUUCAUUUGUGACUAGACUCAUUAUUUGUGCAUUUGACUAUAGAAGUGGUUAAAGUGUUGUCUUGUGAUGCAAAUGUUCAGGUUUUGAUUACCACACGUGUACAAUGUUUGAACCGUACACUUGGUGUCCCCGGCCAUGACAUUGGCUGAAUAGCAGCGAAAAGGUGUUAAACCAAACUCACUCACUCACACUAAAUCAGACAUAAUGCAGUACUGACUUUUCCCUUCACUUUGGCCGCUGUCCUCUUCUUUAACAACUCUGCCACCCCACUGCCUAAAGGAGCUGUCAAAUAUUCAUAAAUGCUGAACAAAAUAUAGCAUUUUGCUUUUUGGAAUUUGCAAAAUAAUAUAAUAAAAACAUCCAUGCCAGAGAAUAACCAGUCUUGAUUAUCUGCCGAAACAGGUUCCACUGGGCAAAAUAGCAGUGUUAUAUGAAGGGAUCACUGAAAAUCAGUGAUGACACCAGGUGUUCAUGAAAAGUGUUAACAUGUCCUGCCCUACAAAUGUGUCAUUCAACACUUUAAUUGAUACUAGACCUCAGAAUACUACUUCCUCAGGGGCAGUCGGGUAGCCUUGUGGUUAAAGCGUUCGCUCGUCACGCCGAAGACCUGAGUUCAUUUCCUGACAUGGGUACAAUGUGUGAAGCCCAUUUCUGGGGUUCCCCGCCGUGAUAUUGCUGGAAUAUUGCUAAAAGCUGCGUAAAACCAUACUCACUCACUCACUAACUCCUCAAAUGGUUGGAUUUGUUGAAUACAUGUCCAGGUGAGCUUCAGUGAGGUGGCAGGAUAGUGUACAUUCUGUUACAUUUCCCUUCAUUUCUGCUGUAUAUAUGUCUGACGUGAUGCGUUCUGUUUACACCAGUUGAGGCAAGUCAGCUGAGAUACUUGAAACACAGACCACAGAGUGAUUCUUCUUUUCUAUUUAUUCAUGUUCCGUCCAGACAGUAUUUCUAUACAUUCCAUCUAACUGUUUCCAGUGAUUGCCAAAAUAAAGACUAUAAAUUUGAA